AUGUCUGUACCACUUGAAGGACUCGCCAUACACGACACCAGCGACCGCGUCCAGCGCGCACGCUUGAUGGCCGAGUACCGCAGGCAGGCGCGGGAAGAACUGAAACAUAUUCGACUCUUUCAGCAGCAGCAGGCUGAUACAGCGUUGAAUCGUCCAGCUACUCCAGAAUCUCGCGAAUCUACCCAAGGCGCGGUCGAUCCUGGCGCCACUGCAAGUAUCUCCGCAUUCCCCAUGCCACCGGGUUACACACACCAACCCCUUGCUGUGGACGACCCGCUCCCAGCAACCCCGAGCAAGCCGACUACGAAGACGCCUAGCAAGCCCAGCACCAAGCUCAAGGGCCUCUUCACCAGGACUCCCAAGAAGAAAGAUCGUCCGAAGGACGACUUCGCAGACAUCCGCAAAGCAUUUACUACAGAGCGUCUGAUUCGCCCGGAGACCGCGCGCUCAAGGACAGCGGAUCCCGCCGAAGGAGGCCAGCUGCCUGGUGAAGACAGCUGGGACUGGUAUCAGCGCAACAUCUCUGCGCUGCCACCGAUGCCGAGUCUGACUCAUCCAGCGUUCAGGGGUCAGGAUCGAAAUGAAGAAGGCAGAUAA